AUGGGAGAUAAAGAAGACGUCGACACUCGAUUAGAGUUUAUAAGUGAAUAUUUACUUAAGACGCUUAAGCAGAAGAUAGAUAAAUGGAAUAAGUUUAUUACAGGCGACGAAAGACAUAUUCUGUUCAGAUUCUUCGAUAUACCGAAAUAUGAUUUAAUUGUAUUUCGCAUGAACACAGCAGGGUUACUCACUUGUGCGACAAAUUUUCCACCAAUAAGUAGGGGGAAGAUGGUAUACUUUCUAAGGAACAUUGAAGAUAAAAUCACACAAGCCAACUUCCGAAAGGCUAUCACAAUCGGUGAGAUUUCUGGUAACGUUCUGAUGGAUAUAAGCGUGAUGGCGGAUGAGGUAAUCGGUCCACUGCUAUGCAAUCCCGAAAAUCAGAAAGGCUGGCCUAAAAUAGUGAAGAACGACAUGCAGCGGCAUGUCAACGAGUUACGGAGUUUAAUGCACCAGCUUAAAGGAGAAAUGUCCAGCCAAGUAAUGCUUCCGAUGCCAGCAGGGGUAGAAAAUAUUUAUCACGCAGAAUCGAGACUGAAAGAAAGUGACGGCGAAGACGUAGAUUUAUAUUUAAAAACUAAUAUAGAGGGUGCAAUCAUAAAGUGGGCACAACAAGUACACGAUUUGCUGCAAGAGGACUCUUAUAUAGCAUUUAAAAGAAUGAAGUUUCCUCUGCCAAGUGCGGACAUAGAAUUUUAUGCCCACCGAUUGCGUAAUCUAGAGGGUAUCUAUUCUCAGCUGCGCGAUCCGCGCGUGAAACGCAUGGCCCAUUAUUUGGAGGAUACACACUCGGCGUAUCUUAGUUGCUUCAAGACUAUGCUCACUAACGUAGUUGCUUCCAUUGUGGAAUGCCGUGACAUAUACGUAUACCAGAAACCGUUGAUAACGCAUUUUGAAAACUUCGAAGGCACCGAUUUUGCUGAUUCCAAAUAUUUGAUACGUCCCAUGUUUCACUGUAUUGGCCUCCUAUGGGGUAACUCCCGAUAUUACAGCAGUGUAGAAAAACUUAUUCCUUUACUGCGUGAAGUGUGCAAUUUGGUUAUACAACAAUGUACGAACUCUAUCGAUCCCGCUUCAAUAUUUCAAGGAGAGGCAGACGAGCAAAUAUUGAAAAUUAGAAAGGCUAUAAGUAUAUUGAAUCACUUCAUUGAAACAUAUGAAAUGAAUCGUGACAAAGUACAUACAUUCUUCCCUCCAGGAGUUAUGCCUGUCCGUUGGUCUUUCGAUUUUGAUCGUGUCUUUAUGAGGUUUAAUAUUUAUAUGAAACGUCUCAAAAUGAUCGAGGAAAUUCUAGAGGCAACAGUUGAAAUACUUAAAUUAGAAAAAGUAGAGUUUUGUGGUUUAAGAGGGAAAAUUCUCGGUACCGAAUGUAUGAAGAUACUGGAAGAAUACACAUUGAAAUAUCAAAACUUGGGAAACAUAACGUAUGACCCGGCAGACCCUGAAGACGAUUCGUUCCUCGCUGAUUACGAGAAGCACAUGCGUGUGCUCGAAGAUAUCGAUAGGAGGCUCGCAUCAUUGUUCUCGCAAGGACUAGACGAGUGUCACAACUUGGAACAUUUUUUCAAAUUCUUUCAAAUUAUUGGGGACCUGUUUCAUCGUCCUAUUAUUAAAAAUGAAUUAAAACCGAAACUCUCAAAGCUUUUGGAUUUUAUGCAUUCGAAUUUAGAUGAUGUGAAGGAAAUUUAUGAUGAAGAAAUGUCGAAAUUAACCAAGGGUCCUGAAAGGCCAAUGGUAGAUCCAUACUUACCUCCAGUAGCCGGUAUGAUUUGGUGGAUACAUAAAUUACGUAGACGACUACAGGCUCCUAUGGAGGACUUUAUUUUGUUUGAAGAUCCGAUAACAGAAACGGAAUCCGCCGUAUACAUGAAGCAAAAACAUAACGAGAUGCUUGGCUACCUCAACGCAUUAGAGGACCGCCAGUUCAAGCUGUGGUCUGCUAUCGUGCCGGGCAUCUGCAAGUUGCACCUCGCUAAGAAUCUCAUAUACAGAGACCCACCAUUUGUUAGGAACAACUUUAGUCCAGAGUUGGUGAUGUUACUACGAGAACUGAAAUACAUGAAAUAUUUGGACAAGCAAGGUAUACCACCGGACGGACUUGAACUGUAUGCUCGAAAUGAAAAAUUACAGUACGACAUGAACCGCCUGAACCGUGCGAUCUCGUGGUACAAUGCCAUCCGAGAGGGUAGUCACGAAGCAGAAGUGGCGCUCAUUGAGAAGGAAAUUUCCGCGAUUGACCAACUUCUUGGCCGUGGUGUCGAGGAACUCACAUGGAAUGAUGACUUCACCGAAUGGAUGGCAGAGGUAUACGCGGCGAUAAAUACGCUACAAGAGCGCGUAUUGACAGCACAGAAUAACGUUAAACGUGGACUAGCCAAUAUUGCAGCUUGGGGUGACAAGCCGUUACACAAUCGAAAGGAAAAUCCGGAUAAAGUAGAACUAUUAGCGGUUGCGGAACGACACCGUAGGUUUAUUAAGAGGAGAGAUAAAAUACUUCAAAGUCAUGCGGAAUUUCAAAAUAUAUUAGUGGAUAAUUACAAGUUAUUCUUCAACAUUCAAGAAGAAGAGGAACCUGACGAGGAAGAAGAAGAGUUAGAAGAAGUAGAUGAAGCAACUUUAGAUCAGGAUGAAAAGGCAGCUCGUGCGACAAAAUUACAAGAAAUACUAAUGCGUCGAGAGGAAAAACGGAUUAUUAGAGAAGAGAGACAGAAACAAAAAGAGGAGGCUGCUCAGAUUAAAUUUGGACGGAGAGAGGCUCGCCGAUUGAAAAGAGAAGCCAAGGCUGUCGAGAAACGAGAACGACAAGAAAGAAGAGAUGCAGGUGAAGAAGUAGAUUCUCCAGCUGAAGAAGAAGAAGAAAUUGUAGAUCCCGAAGAAUUAGCCGAUAUUGAGGCUGAGCGACAGGAACUGGAGGAAGAAGCAUUUAGAGCUGCACGGUGGCCAGCUUACGUUCAAUAUGUUGAUUCGCUUGUCUCAAAGCAAGUCAUGAAAGCGAUACAAUCGAGCGUUAACUUAUUUGAAUUGCAAACAAAUCUGGAAAAAGGUCCAAGGGUUGCAUUUAUGGAAGUAAUUGCUGAACUUAAAGAUCCAGAUAUUUAUUUUUCGCCUUCAUUGGAUCUCGACGAUGAAGGUGGUUUACAUGACACCUUGCGGGAGAUGAUGAAGGAUAUGUUUCUGCAGGCGACUCUGUUUCCAAGAAUAGAUCCUAUUAUUCCAAUAGCUAGUUACGAAGAUGACAUCGCUAAUGAAGACACUUUGAUUGAUCUCUAUCACGAUAUACUUAAGAGAAUUGAAAACAGCAUAAAUGGUAUUGUUCAGUAUGCUUCGAAAUAUGAGAAAUAUACUCCACUGUGGUUAGAAGAUAGGCAAGAGAUACUAGCAGGGUUCAUGAAAUAUGGUCAAGUCAUAUCGCCCGAAGAAUUUGAUAAAUACAAGUAUGAAAAUGGAUGCGAGCCACCUGAAGCAAAGCCAAAGCUUGAGCAAUAUCAAAAAGAGAUUGAUAAAUAUAAUUCAAUGUAUGACGAAGUAGCAGCAUUGCCAUCCGAGUACCUCUGCAAUGGCUGGUUAAAAUUAGAUUUGAAGCGGCUAAAUCAAGCAAUAAUGAACAUCAUAUGUAAAUGGAGCAAUCUUUACAAGCAAAAUCUUAAGGAUCACGUACAAACUAGCUUAGAUGAUCUAGAGAAGUUUAUAGUAUAUGCUUCUAAGGAAUUAUCCGUGGAAUUGGGAGAUGAUGAUUACGAAGGGCUACUGCAAGUCAUGCGCGUACUUAAUGAGGUCCGAGGGAAGAUCGAUGCUGGCACCGAACUCAUAUUUGAGCCACUUAGGGACAUUAUCGAUGUACUCAAAGAGUAUGGAGUUGACUUUCCAGAAGAGACCUAUGAGCAGUUGGACGUAUUGCCUGAAAAAUGGCGAAAUUUGGUGAAGUUGGCGACAGUAAUGAAGAACAAUGUAGCACCGUUGCAGGCAGCACAAGCGGCCUUAAUAGCUAAGCGAGUUGCGCUCAUCAACUUACGUCUCACGAUGUACAGGGAACAGUUUAAGUUAAAGGAGGUAUUCCUGGAGACAUGCAAGGAGCCUUACAGGGAAAUAGACAGAGUAAAUCAAGAACUAAUGGGUUUUGAGGAAAUUGUUGAAGGAUUGAAAAAGUCAUGCUGUUUAUUUGAUAUUCAGCCGCCAGAUGAGAAAAAUCUCAAACAAUGUCGUAGAGAACUUAAACUUAUUAAGCAACUAUGGGAUUACUACUAUUUGGUAAUGGGCACAAUUGAGUUUUGGAAAAAGUCUCCGUGGAAGAAAAUUGACGCAGAUGGCAUGGAUCAAGAGUGUAAGCGUUUCACUAAAGAUUUACGACAACUUGACAAGGAUAUGCGCGUUUGGGAACCAUAUAUUGCAAUUGAGGGAACAAUAAAGAAUUUGAUGACAUCGCUGCGAGCUGUAACUGACUUACAAAACCCAGCUAUUAAAGAUAGACAUUGGGUGGAGCUUAUGAUGGCUACUAAGGUUAAAUUCCAUAUAGACGAUGAUACAACAUUGGCUGAUUUGUUAGCGUUGAAUCUUCACAAAUAUGAAGAGGAAGUAAAGACAAUUGUCGAUAAGUCUGUAAAGGAAGCUGCUAUGGAAAAGACCUUGAAAGAAUUGGAAACUACUUGGGCGGUCAUGGAAUUCGAUUAUAGUAUGCACGAUAGAACUGGAAUUAAAUUGCCCAAAGCCAGCGAAGAGUUAGUGGAAACUUUGGAAGAUAACCAGAAUCAAGUCCAAAAUAUGAUGUCAUCUAAGUUUAUUGGCUACUACGAAGCGGAAGUAACGACUUGGCAGAAGAAAUUGGGUACAGCAGAUGCUGUAAUCGUACUGUGGUUUGAGGUGCAACGUAAGUGGCAGUACUUGGAGAGCAUCUUCGUUGGAUCUGAUGAUAUUCGCUCGCAGCUACCCGAGGACUCGAAGAGAUUUGAUACCAUCGAUAAAACAUUUAAGGAACUAUUGAGAGACAUAGGUGCAAUUCCGAAUGUUGUACAAGCUACUAACAAACCAGGUCUUCUAGAUAAGCUUGAAGAACUAAUGAAAGGACUAAGUCUGUGCGAGAAGGCGCUUAACGAUUAUCUUGAGACUAAACGUUUGGCAUAUCCACGUUUUUACUUUGUAUCAUCUGCAGAUUUGCUGGAUAUUCUUUCAAAUGGCAACAAUCCUCCAGCGGUGUGUCGUCAUCUCAGCAAACUCUAUGACAAUUUAGCUAAGCUUGUAUUCCCCAAGCCCGGUAGCAAGCAAGCUAUUGAAAUGAUAUCUAAAGAAAAUGAAGAACAUGUACCCUUUAAAACACCUUGUUGUGAUUGCUCUGGAAAGGUGGAAUUAUGGCUGAAUCGUGUGACAGAUUGCAUGCGAUACACUCUUCGUGACAUUUUCGAGCACAGUGUGAAGUCAUAUGAGGAAAAGCCUCGAGACGAGUGGAUGUUUGACUGGCCAGCGCAGCCUGCCUUGGUUGGCACCCAAAUAUGGUGGACUACUGAAACUAAUCAGGCAUUUGAGAAGCUUGAAGAAGGUUAUGAAAAUGCGCUAAAAGAUUACCAGAAGAAACAAAUCGCGCAAUUAAAUGCACUCAUUAUAUUGUUGUUGGGCGACCUGACAGUAGGUGAUCGUCAAAAGAUCAUGACAAUUUGUACCAUUGACGUUCAUUCCCGAGAUGUGGUCGCUAAGCUCAUUGUCUCUAAAGUAGAGACUUCGAAUGCUUUCCAAUGGCAAAGUCAGUUAAGGCAUCGCUGGGACAUGAAUUUAAAUAACUGCUAUGCGAAUAUAUGUGACGCACAGUUCCUUUACGAUUAUGAAUACUUGGGAAAUACGCCGCGUCUUGUAAUCACUCCCUUGACUGAUCGUUGUUACAUCACUCUCACGCAGAGUCUGCAUUUGAUAAUGGGUGGAGCUCCAGCCGGCCCUGCUGGUACUGGCAAGACGGAGACUACAAAGGAUUUGGGAAGAGCACUGGGAAUUAUGGUCUAUGUAUUCAAUUGCUCAGAACAAAUGGACUACAAAUCCUGCGGAAAUAUUUACAAGGGUUUGGCUCAAACUGGCGCAUGGGGUUGCUUCGACGAAUUCAACAGAAUUUCUGUAGAAGUGCUAUCAGUUGUGUCUGUGCAAGUAAAGAGUGUUCUCGAUGCGAUCAAAACAAAGAAGAAAAAAUUUGAUUUCAUGGGAGAGUUUAUAACACUAAUACCGACUGUUGGCAUGUUUAUUACUAUGAAUCCCGGAUAUGCUGGACGAACAGAAUUACCUGAAAACUUGAAGGCUCUGUUUAGACCAUGUGCCAUGGUGGUACCAGAUUUCGAACUGAUCUGUGAGAUAAUGUUAGUAGCGGAGGGUUUUCAAGAAGCUCGUCUACUAGCGCGCAAGUUUAUUACUUUAUACAUGCUGUGCCGAGAGCUGCUGUCAAAACAAGAUCACUAUGAUUGGGGCUUGCGAGCUAUUAAGUCUGUACUCGUCGUUGCUGGAUCGCUGAAGAGAGGUGACCGUCUUCGACCAGAGGAUCAAGUGUUAAUGAGAGCCCUGCGAGAUUUCAAUAUACCUAAAAUUGUAACUGACGAUACUCCUGUUUUUAUGGGAUUGAUCGGCGAUCUAUUCCCGGCUCUCGACGUGCCAAGAAAAAGAGACUUUGACUUUGAGAAAAGUCUGGUAGAAGGCGCGUUGUCCAUGAAAUUGCAACCUGAACCGGGAUUCAUUUUGAAGAUGGUUCAAUUGGUAGAACUAUUCGCUGUACGCCACUCGGUGUUUAUUAUUGGAUUUGCCGGCACCGGAAAAUCGAUGGUGUGGCAGUGUUUGAAUAAAACUUACCAAAUGUUGAAAUUGAAACCUUUUUAUAAUGAUUUGGAUCCAAAGGCAGUCACUAAUGACGAGUUAUUCGGUAUCAUCAAUCCAGCCACAAGAGAAUGGAAAGACGGCUUAUUUUCCACGAUCAUGAGAGAUAUGGCUAAUAUGCCCGGGGAUGGACCCAAGUGGAUAGUGUUAGAUGGCGAUAUUGAUCCCAUGUGGAUCGAGAGUUUGAACACUUUGAUGGACGAUAAUAAAGUAUUAACAUUAGCCAGUAAUGAACGUAUUGCAUUAACUAAGUCAAUGCGUCUGCUCUUUGAGAUCUCCAAUUUGCGUACUGCUACACCGGCCACGGUCUCGCGAGCUGGCAUCCUCUACAUCAAUCCACAAGAUUUGGGAUGGAAUCCUUUCGUGGCUUCUUGGAUUGACACGACUCGCGACGACGAAUCUGAAAAAGCAAUGUUGACAGUAAUGUUCGACAAGUACAUUCCGUCGCUAUUGGAGUCUUGCAAGAAAUACAAGCGUAUCACACCGCUCACUGAACUGCAGCAGAUACAGCUCACGUGUUACUUACUGGAGUGUUUCCUCAACAAGUCAUUGCUGCCUUCCGACUGUCCUAAAGAAUGGUAUGAAACCUAUUUCGUUUUCUCUAUAGUUUGGGGUUUUGGUUCUGCUCUGUUCCAAGAUCAACUAGUAGACUGGCGCAAUGAGUUCAGCAAAUGGUUCUGUAAUGAAUUCAAGCAAAUAAAAUUCCCUUCCAAUGGCAACGUAUUCAGUUUCUUUAUAGAUCCAGAGACGAAGAAAUUCCUACCGUGGUCUGAGAAAAUAGAGACCUUUGAACUGGACCCUGAACUACCAUUACAGUCCUGUUUGGUAUCGACUUCUGAAACGACACGUAUUCGAUUUUUCAUGGAUCUGCUUAUAGCUAAACAAAAGCCAGUAAUGUUAGUUGGCAGUGCCGGCAGUGGGAAGACCGUUAGUUUCGCAGCAAAACUCAAUUCACUGCCAGACUCUUACGCUAUCACUAAUGCAGCGCUCAACUUCUAUACCACUUCAGAAAUGCUACAAAAAGUAUUAGAGAAGCCUCUAGAGAAAAAGUCGGGUCGCAACUUUGGCCCACCUGGAAGCAAAUUUAUGAUCUAUUUCGUGGAUGAUUUUAAUAUGCCCGAAGUAGAUACGUAUGGUACUGUGCAACCCCAUACACUUAUUAGGCAAUUCAUGGACUACAAACACUGGUACGACAGACAGAAGUUAUCAUUAAAAGAUAUAUCGAAUUGCAUGUUUGUAUCAUGCAUGAAUCCCACUGCGGGUUCCUUCACCAUUGAUCCGCGACUGCAAAGGCACUUCUGCACUUUCGCUGUCAGUUUCCCAGGUCUAGAUGCCUGUUUUCACAUCUACAAACAAAUAUUGCAUCAACACUUAAGCAAUCCGCUGAACAAGUUCUCUCUGCCGGUGCAGCGGUAUACCGAGCCGCUAGUGAACGCAGCACUUGCGCUCCACAAUAAACUUGCUUCUACAUUCCUACCAACCGCCAUUAAGUUCCACUAUAUUUUCAACCUUAGAGAUUUAUCCAAUAUAUUUCAGGGCAUUUUGUUUACAACGGGAGAUGCGAUCAAACAGCAAUCAGAACUGAUUAGAUUAUGGAUGCAUGAGGCAACCCGUGUCUAUUCGGAUAAACUAGUCGACGGUGCUGACAAUGAAACCUUCCAGAAACUCAUCAUGGAGGUUAUAAAAAAGAACUGUGAGGAUUACGAUGAGAAUGUUGUAUUUGAGAAGCCCCUGAUCUACUGUCACUUCGCCGAGGGCAUUGGUGACCCCAAAUACUUCCCAAUAAGAGACUGGCCCCAGAUUAAAAAGUUACUAGACGAAUCGCUUUCCGGAUAUAACGAUCUAGUUGCUACUAUGAAUCUGGUAUUAUUCGAGGAUGCUAUGUAUCAUAUUUGCAGGAUCAAUCGCAUUCUUGAAGCCCCACGAGGCAAUGCAUUGCUAGUUGGCGUCGGUGGUUCUGGAAAACAGUCGCUGUCUAGACUGUCAGCCUUUAUUUCCUCACUUGAAGUAUUUCAAAUACAGUUGAGGAAGGGAUACAGUAUCAACGAUCUUAAAGUUGAUUUAGCUGCUUUGUAUAUAAAAGCUGGUCUGAAGAAUAUUGGCAACAUGUUCCUAAUGACAGAUGCACAGGUAGCCGAGGAGAGGUUUUUGGUUCUCAUAAACGACCUGCUCGCCUCUGGUGAGAUACCAGAAUUACUGGCCGAUGACGAAAUAGAAAAUAUCAUUAACGGUGUUAGAGGAGAGACAAAAGCAUCAGGCGUACCUGAUACAAGAGAGAAUUGCUGGAGGUUCUUUAUAAACCGCGUUCGUACAAUGUUAAAGGUGGUGUUAUGCUUCUCACCGGUGGGUGCUACGCUGCGUAUUCGAGCCCGCAAGUUCCCCUCCAUAGUAAACUGCACUGCCAUAAAUUGGUUCCAUGAGUGGCCUCAGGAAGCACUCAGAUCUGUCUCCAAGCGGUUCCUUACUGAAGUCGAGUCAUUACCGCGACAUCUAGUGGAUCCUGUUGCUGUCUUUAUGUCACACGUCCAUCGAAGCGUGAAUCAGAUGUCCGUAGUAUAUUUUCAAAAUGAAAAGCGGUACAAUUAUACGACUCCAAAAACUUUCUUAGAACAGAUUGCACUUUACAGCAAAUUGCUUAAUGAAAAAACUAUGAAUUUGAAAAUGAUGAUUUCCAGAUUAGAAAACGGAUUAGAAAAACUUGCUUCAUGUGCCGCUGAUGUUGCUGGUUUAAAGGUAACACUAGCAGAGCAAGAAGUUAUAUUAAAAGUGAAGAAUAAAGCCGCUGAAGAACUUAUUGAUGUUGUGGGGGCAGAGAGCGAAAAGGUGUCCAAAGAGAAAGCAUUUGCGGCUGAAGAAGAAAAGAAGGUCAAAGUAAUAGAAGAAGAUGUAACGAUAAAGGCAAAGAUUUGCGCAGAUGACUUAGCAAAGGCUGAGCCAGCACUCCUCGCAGCGCAAGAAGCGCUUAACACCCUCAACAAAAAUAACCUAACAGAACUGAAGUCUUUCGGUUCACCACCUGACGCCGUCGUCAAUGUUACUGCUGCUGUCCUCGUACUAUUCUCUAAGAAAGGGAAAAUUCCAAAGGACAGAUCUUGGAAAGCUUGUAAGCUCAUGAUGGCGAAAGUAGAUCAGUUCUUAUACGAUUUAGUAUAUUAUGAUAAAGAGAAUAUCCAUCCAGACGUCAUUAAGGCGGUGCAACCAUAUAUCAAGAAUCCCGAAUUCAAUGCUGAAUUUAUAAUGUCCAAGUCAGCAGCGGCGGCGGGUUUGUGCUCAUGGGUGAUCAAUAUCGUGAAAUUCUACGACGUAUACGUAGUGGUGGAGCCUAAGCGGCGUGCUCUUAAUGCUGCUAAUGCAGAACUGCAAGCCGCUCGAGACAAACUCUCCUUCCUUACAGAACAAAUCAAGGAACUAGAAGAAAAGCUCGAAGAGCUAUUGAAAGCAUUCCAAGAGGCGGUGAACGAGAAGAUGAAGUGUCAGGCGGAGGCAGAUGCUACAAAUGCAACAAUCGAUUUAGCAAAUAGAUUGGUCAAUGGUUUAGCGUCAGAAAAAAUUAGAUGGUCAGCGACAGUAGUGAACUUGAAAGAGUCUGGAGUUAUGUUGCCCGGAGACGUGCUGCUUAUAACCGCCUUCAUAUCGUACGUGGGUUGCUUCAUGCGCCGCUACAGGCAGCAACUCAUGUAUGAAGACUGGAUACCAUCGCUUGAGAAGACUAAUCCUAAGAUCGAAAUGACUGAAGGCCUAGAGCCGCUAUCGAUGUUGACUGAUGACGCACAAGUAGCUUGUUGGAACAACGAGGGGUUACCCACCGAUACAAUGAGUACUGAGAACGCUACUAUACUCACCAACUCGGCGCGGUGGCCGCUCAUGAUUGACCCACAGUUACAGGGUAUAAAAUGGAUAAAGUCGAAGUAUGGUGACUCGCUAGUGGUCAUUCGACUGACACAACGGAACUACUUGGAUCGUAUCGAGCGUGGUGUAAGCAACGGUGACGUGCUAUUGUUGGAAAACAUCGGGGAGACAGUGGACGCGGUGCUGGAGCCACUGUUGGGUCGGGUGCUCAUACGGAAGGGACGAGUGCUCAAGAUCGGAGACAGAGAAAUAGAUUAUCAUCCAAAUUUCCGAUUCUUGAUUCAAACAAAACUAGCUAAUCCUCAUUACCAACCAGAAAUGCAAGCACAGUGCACCUUGAUUAACUUCACUGUCACCAAAGAUGGUCUUGAAGAACAACUCCUUGGAGAAGUAGUAAAAGCAGAGAGACCAGAUUUGGAAAGUCUCCGAGCUGGUCUUACUAAGCAACAAAAUGACUUUAAAAUUACCCUUAAAACACUAGAAGAUGAUUUACUGAAAAGAUUGUCUUCAGCUGGACCUGAUAUACUUAGUGAUUCAGCGCUGGUCAUCAAUUUAGAAACUACGAAAAAAACUGCUGCAGAUAUCGAAAUAAAGGUAGAAGAGGGGAAGGUUACUGCUUUAAAAAUUGAUGAAGCUAGAGAAAGAUAUAGACGUGCGGCGGCCCGUGCAUCCCUGUUGUACUUCAUUCUAAAUGACUUGAACAAGAUCAAUCCGAUGUAUCAGUUUUCGCUGAAGGCAUACAGUGUAGUAUUCAAGGACGCGUUGAUGAGGGCUGAACCAGCAGAGGACCUUGAAGGGAGAGUGCGAAACCUUCUCGACAGCAUCACGUUUGCAGUAUUUGUGUAUACUAGCAGAGGUCUUUUCGAGAAAGACAAGCUGGUGUUUUUGUUCCUAAUUACGAUACAGGUGCUACAAGCUGAAGGCAAAGUAGACCCGAAAGAAUUGGAUUUCCUAUUAAAGUACGCUGUGGCGCCCGAAGUGUCCCCGUAUUCGUGGCUCUCAAAUAACUCCUGGGGCGGCAUCAUCGCGCUGUCCAAAAUGGAUGCAUUUGAGAACCUCGACAAGGACAUCGAGGGGGCCACUAAAAGAUGGCAAAAAUACACCGACGGCGAAGCGCCCGAAAGAGACAAAUUGCCAGGUGAAUGGAAAAACAAAACGCCCUUGCAGCGACUUUGCAUUAUGCGUGCACUGCGUCCUGACCGUAUGUCAUACGCAUCCAGUGCGUUUUGUGAAGAGAAUCUUGGAACAAAGUACACUGAGGCACGAACGCCAUCGCUAGAGAAGUCUUAUCAAGAGAGUACUUCGACUACGGCAAUGUUCUUCAUUUUAUCACCCGGUGUCGAUCCUCUGAAGGACUUAGAAAAGUUGGGUCGUAAACUUGGCUUUUCUACGGAUAAAAAGAACUUUCAUAUAGUAUCCCUCGGUCAAGGUCAAGAAGUGGUCGCUGAAGAAGCUAUGAGCGUGGCUUCGGUUAAUGGGCAUUGGGUGAUACUGCAGAAUAUUCAUUUAGUAGCCAAGUGGCUGGCAACACUGGAGAAAAAAAUGGAGGAGACAUUUGAAAAUCCGCUACCUGAAUACAGAUUAUAUUUGAGUGCCGAGCCGGCGGCAGAUGCAGCAUACCACAUAAUACCACAAGGCAUCUUGGAGUCAGCUAUUAAGAUCACUAAUGAACCCCCAAUUGGAAUGUGGGCUAAUUUACAUAAGUCGUUGGAUAACUUCAGUCAGGAAACGUUGGAGAUGUGCAGCAAAGAAGCGGAGUUUAAGUCGAUACUGUUCUCGUUGUGUUAUUUCCAUGCCGUCGUCGCCGAGCGCCGUAAAUUCGGCCCGCAGGGUUGGAACAGAGUUUAUCCAUUCAACUUCGGCGACCUGACCAUUUGUGUGUAUGUGCUAUAUAAUUACUUGGAGGCUAAUCCUCGUGUGCCAUGGGAGGACCUGCGCUAUCUGUUUGGCGAGAUUAUGUAUGGCGGCCACAUCACCGAUGAUUGGGACAGGCGGCUGUGUCGCACUUUCCUGCUCGAGUACAUGCAGCCGGAACUGGUGGACGGUGAAUUGCAACUCGCCCAAGGUUUCAUAUCACCUCCCAACUCGGACUAUAUGGGUUAUCAUCAGUACAUAGACGACUACUUGCCUGAUGAAACGCCUUAUUUGUAUGGACUACAUCCCAACGCAGAGAUUGGAUACUUGACAACCGUAUCAGAGCGCUUGUUCAAGGUGGUAUUCGAAAUGCAGCCUCGUGACAGUGGCGCACAAGCUGGUGGCGGAGCUACAAAAGAAGAAAUGGUGCGAUACAUGCUGGACGAUAUACUGGACAGAGUGCCCGAGCCGUUCAAUUUGCAAGAGUUGAUGGGUAAAGUAGAGGAACUUACACCAUUCACGAUUGUCGCGCUCCAAGAGUGCGAGCGUAUGAACCGACUGAUGGGGGAGAUACGACGGUCGCUGAAAGAGCUCGAACUUGGUCUCAAGGGAGAACUGACAAUUAGCAGUGACAUGGAAAAGUUGAUGGAAUCGCUGUUCAUGGACAAGGUUCCAGAUUUGUGGACAAAAUUGGCGUAUCCAAGUUUACUCGGUCUCGCCGCCUGGUUUUCAGACCUUUGUCUAAGGCUCAGCGAACUGGAAAAUUGGUCGGGUGAUUUUAAUUUGCCGCCGGCUGUGUGGCUCGCUGGCUUCUUCAAUCCGCAGUCGUUCCUGACUGCUAUAAUGCAGCAGACAGCGCGCAAGAACGAGUGGCCACUCGACAAGAUGUGCCUCAACUGUGAUGUCACCAAAAAGAACAGAGGAGACUUCAAUGCACCGCCACGUGAAGGUGCCAAUAUUCACGGACUGUACAUGGAGGGUGCGCGGUGGGACACGGCCACCGGUGGCAUCGUGGAGUCUCGCAUGAUGGAACUUUUCCCCAUGAUGCCCGUUAUCUACAUCAAAGCUGUCACACAAGACAAACAGGACACGCGCAAUGUCUACGAGUGCCCUGUCUACAAGAUACGUAUGCGCGGACCAACUUUUGUGUGGACUUUCAAUCUAAAGACGAAGGAUAAACCGACGCGGUGGACCCUGGCCGGUGUUGCGUUGCUACUCGGUGUCUAAUAUUUAAAUAUUUUAUGUAUACUGUAGUACAUUAUUAAUAAUGGCGUUGUUAUUUAACAAUUCCAGAAUAGAAGCCCCAACAGAGUUCUAAUUAACGUUAAUCACUAGUGAAACUUAUAUUUGUUACAGUAUUUUUUAAUAGAUUCUAGAGUUGCUUAUGGCUUGUUAUCUAUUCGCUUAUUUAAUGUAGAUGAUUUUCUA